CCCUGUCAGCGCUCGGAAGGUCGCCUGUUUGUCGGGUUGUUGGUCGGAUCACAGGAGAAACAAUCGGCCGACUACCUUUAUUCACUCGCUAUUGUCCAACACACAAUGGGAAUGUUCCCUUUUACCCGCCAACUUCAAUAACACAGCAUUUUUCGGACCAACCUAGAGUGGCACGCCAAACUCCCUAAAGAAGAGGGUUACCGCGACUAAGAGCGUGGAGGGUUUCGCGCUCUCAUUCGCUCUGAACCCCACCCGGGACUUACACGCCCCUCCUCCUCUCCUGUUUGAGUAUCACUUGCCGCUUCCUCGGUCUCCUAGUCCGACGAUGGACCUCACACACGAUGGGCUCCCUAGCCCUGACCUCACCAUACCAACCCCACCAUUACAACUACGAGAUGUGGCGACAGCGACCACAGGGACGCAGACGGGGGCCAUCACCCCGAGCUCCACGAUUGCCCCUUACAGCACGGGCCUCAAUGGCGUCAACCAGCCGGUUAACAUGCUGUUUACCGACAUCCUCUGGUGGAGUUUAGGCAUCGUCGGUCUGGUGAUGCUGGUGAUCAGGAUAGUCGGGUUAGCAUGGGCGCAACUGCGACUGGUAACGGCCAUGUCCCUACCUGGGGAAAAGCAAGAGUUCUGGAAACGAACACAGUGGAGGAAGAUGCCCGGCCUGAAAAGGGGGCUCAUCUACGCGCCCCUGUGGAACAAACGACACAACCGCGAAAUCCGCAUCUCUAGCGCCGCCAAUAUGGGGACGCUUCCUUCGAGGUUCCAUUCCCUUCUCCUCUUCGGCUUCAUCGCCAGCAAUCUCGCCUACAUGUUCAUCCUCGACUGGAAGCACGAGAACAAGUACGCGCUGUGUGCCGAAAUCCGUGGCCGAUCUGGAACGCUCUCCGUUGUAAACAUGGUGCCGCUCAUCAUCUUCGCCGGCCGCAACAACCCCCUGAUCAACCUCCUCAAUGUCAGCUUCGAUACGUACAAUCUUCUGCACCGGUGGAUGGGCCGAAUUUCCAUCAUCGAAGUCAUCAUCCACUUUAUCGCAUGGGCGGUCGUUCAAGUGGCUCACGACGGAUGGGGAGGCGUCCAGGAGAAGAUUCUCAGCGACCGUUUUAUCGCCUCGGGCACUGUGGGGGUGGCGGCCAUGGCCAUCAUUCUGAUCACGGCCUUCUCUCCCAUUCGCCACGCCUUUUACGAGUCCUUCCUCAACAUCCACAUCAUCCUGGCUCUGGUCGCUUUUGUCUGCACUUGGGUUCAUUGCAUAUCGGCGACGGUUCACGGAGGGCUUCCUCAGGCUCCCUGGAUGCUAGCCAUCAUGGCCCUCUGGCUUGCUGAGAGGACGGCGCGCAUGCUCCGCCUCGCCUACGCCAACUGGUCCAGCCGCGGCUUCACCGAAGCCAUCGUCGAAACUCUACCGGGCGAAGCCUGCCGCGUGACCAUGCGCCUUCCCCGUUUCGUCAAAAUCGAACCCGGCCAGCACGCCUACCUCCGGUUCGCGGGGGUCAACUGCUGGGAGAACCACCCCUUCUCCAUCGCGUGGUACGAGCACCGAUACCGUGACGACGACACCCUCCCCACCGCCGAAAAGGAAAAGCUCAAGCAACCACGCGAAGCGAUCGGCACGACCGUCUCCUUCAUCAUCGGCGCCCAAACCGGAUUCACCCGCAAGCUCUAUAACAAGACCCUGCAGGCGCCGCAAGGUCGCGCCAUCUCGAUGCGCGCCGCCUUCGAAGGGCCGUACGCGCUGGGGUUCAGCAUGGACAGCUACGGCCACGCCGUGCUCUUCGCGGGGGCGACGGGCAUCACCCACCAGAUCAGCUACCUACGGCACCUCAUCGGCGGGUACAACGCGGGCACGGCGGCGACGCGGCGCGUGACGCUCGUCUGGAUCGUGCGCGACUACGAGGUGCUCGAGUGGGCGCGCCCCUACAUGGACCAGAUCCUCCGGCUGCCGAACCGCAAGGACGUGCUGCAGAUCCGCCUCUUCGUCACCCGGCCCAAGAACCCCAACCAGGUCAUCUCGAGCUCCGCCACCGUGCAGAUGUUCCCCGGCCGCCCCAACAUCCCCAUGCUGCUGGCCAAGGAGGUCGGCGAGCAGAUGGGCGCCAUGUGCGUGUCCGUCUGCGGGCCGGGCGGGCUGGCGGAUGAUGUGCGGGAUGCGGUGCGCAAGGUGCAGGCGCAUAAUACCGUGGUGGAUUUCGUGGAGGAGAGUUUCACGUGGUGACCAUCGCUCGAACGUUCCGGGCGGGUUUGCUUGUUUUUUUGAAUACCUAGACGGAAUGAUUUAGACGGACGGUGGUUUUAUUUUUCGGAUUCUGCAUAUCGACAGCGCGUCGAGCAAGCAUUUUUUCUUCUUAGUAAUUAUUAUACUCUUUCCAACACCUAUGAAACCAACCCGCAAGAAGUCGUGAUGUAGUCGUGGUGACCUGAUGCGGUCGCCCUUUGAACGCCGCUCGGGACGAGCGGCUAAAUAGGUAAUGCCCGAGUAUCUCCCAAAGAUUCGGACAACAGCCCGAGACAGAGGUUCCCGUAUGUAUGUACCUUCAACCAAAGACACAACGUUGUACUUUCAUCAGCGGGGCAAGACCAACCAUCUCGUAUGGAUAUUGUA